AUGGGAAUCCUUGAAAAAAUCGCCGAAAUUGAGCAUGAGAUCUCGAGAACUCAGAAAAACAAAGCCACCGAAUAUCAUUUGGGUCUUUUGAAGGCGAAAUUGGCGAAAUAUCGCCAACAACUUCUUGAGCCAACUGGAAAAGGAGGUGCCAAAGGCGAAGGAUUCGAUGUGAUGAAAAGUGGAGAUGCCCGAGUUAGAUUUUCAUUUCCGGUGGGAUUUCCUUCUGUUGGAAAAUCAACAUUGCUCUCGAAUAUGACUACAACUCAUUCGGAAGCUGCUGGAUACGAAUUCACAACUCUCACUUGUAUUCCUGGAGUAAUUCAAUACAAUGGUGCGAAUAUCCAAUUGUUGGAUUUGCCCGGAAUUAUUGAAGGCGCUUCUCAAGGAAAAGGUCGAGGAAGACAAGUAAUUUCUGUUGCCAAGACUGCUGAUCUGAUUUUGAUGAUGUUGGAUGCUGGAAAAAGUGAUCAGCAAAAAACUUUGCUAGAACGAGAACUGGAGGCUGUGGGUAUUCGGCUAAACAAGUCGCCUCCAAAUAUUUAUGUGAAACAAAAGAAGAUCGGAGGAGUGAAAUUCACAAACACCGUCCCAUUGACACACUGUAAUGAGAAACUGAUUAUGACAGUUCUCCACGAGUACAAAAUCUUUAAUGCUGAUGUGAUUUUUAGAGAGGACGCAACAAUUGAUCAGUUUAUUGAUGUGAUCCAGGGAAAUCGAGUAUAUAUGACAUGUCUUUACGUGUUACCACAUCAUGUUGUGAUUUCUUGCGAAAUGAACCUGAACAUGGAUUAUCUUCUCGAAAAGAUUUGGGAAUACUUGGCACUUAUUCGAGUUUACACCAAAAAACCUGGAAAUGCGCCUGAUCUUGGACCCGAGGACGGAAUUAUUCUUCGCAGCGGAGCCACAAUUGAGCACUGUUGCCAUGCACUUCAUCGAUCGAUUGCUUCCCAAUUGAGAUACGCGAUCGUCUGGGGAACAUCCACCAAAUUCUCGCCACAACGUGUUGGAUUGCACCACAAAUUGCACCAUGAAGACAUGAUUUUGCGAAUUUUAAUAUUAUUCCUACUAACCAUCAAUCAUUCCGAUCAAGAGAGAUAUUUCCCAUCGCUCGGACGCGGUGAGCAAUGUGCUGGAACAGGAGCCACAAAUCAGAAGACAACGGAGAAGCGAUAUGUUUCUGAGAAUCCAUUGGGACCCGUAAUUGAGUGCUCAUUUUUGCCUGAAGCUUUUAUUGACUGCGAAGAGCCAGUUCUUGUUCCGAACUAUGUUCAGGAACAAAAUGGACAACAACCUAAUAUUUCGUAUAAGGAUGUUGGAAAAUGUGUGAAAAUGGGAGGGAGUCGAGCAGAAGACAUCGAGUUCACCAACGUCAAAUGCCACGUGCUUCCGUGCAUUGAAUGUCGAGGAAAUCGAACAUUUUCGAAGCUCACACCGUGUAUCAAGUACACUGGCCACUACUUUCUCUCAACCCUCCUUUACUCAAUUUUCCUCGGUGUUAUCGCAGUCGACCGUUUCUGUCUCGGAUAUUCUGCGAUGGCUGUCGGGAAACUGAUGACGCUUGGAGGAUUCGGCAUCUGGUGGAUCGUCGACAUUUUCUUGCUCGUUUAUGGAGCACUGGUGCCUGCAGACGACUCAAAUUGGGAACCAAAUUAUUAA